CUGGGCAUAGAUGGGAGGUGACUCCCGAGUAACUCACUCCUUGCACUGGGUGGGGCAGAGAGGGAAUGGUCAUACCCUUAUUCUCCGCUUUAUACUAAAACUGUGCAUCCCUUCUUCUCCACUUGAGACCAUCCCCAGGUUCUCCCCUUCUCCCACCCCCUCAAAUGUAUCCCAGAUGUGAGACUGCAUGCUCCUGUGCCAAUCAGUUCCAUUUUUUCACAGCCAUAGAAGCUGGGGAGUUCUGUCUUAUGUCUUGUUUCAGUCCAUCCUAUUAUAACUGAAUCCAUUUUCAUGUGUGUGUGUGUGUGUGUGUUUGAAUCUGGAGGAAGUUUCCUCUUGGGUUUAGCUUAAAUCCCUUAGAAUAGCAUUCUUUCCUCCCCUCUCUUUUCUCUUUGUUUUUCAGAUCUGAAAGUCUUGCUGGAAUGGAGACUCCUCUUGAGAAGGCCCUAACCACCAUGGUCACCACUUUCCACAAAUAUUCGGGAAGGGAGGGCAGCAAAUUGACCCUGAGCAGGAGAGAAUUGAAGGAGCUGAUCAAGAAGGAGCUAUGCUUGGGGGAGAAAAUGCAGGAGAGCGGCAUUGAUGAACUGAUGAAAAGCCUGGAUCGGAACAGUGACCAGGAGAUUGACUUCAAGGAGUAUUCUGUGUUCCUGACCACACUGUGUAUGGCCUACAAUGACUUCUUCUUGGAAGAAAAUAAAUAAGUGAAUGAUAGGCCACUGUCCUGGGGGCUAACCUUCCCAGUACAGCCCCUCAUUAGGGCCUUCAUUCCCAUCCCACCCCUCCCCAAUUAUUGAUAAUGGGACUAAUAAAUCCUCUGGGUCUAUUUUACCUAGAGCUAGUAGACCUUUACCCUUUCCAUGGAGGGUACACUUUA